GUAUGAUCCCUCCGAACACACGCAAGUCGCACAUUCCUCCCACAACAUCAAAUCUCAACACUCAAAACUCAAAACUCAAAAUGUCAUCUAUAGCCAUGAUGAAUAGCAAAACGAAAGGAGGCCCCGCAAAUCCACCACCACAAGCUCCCUCCAUUCCACCCGAUCAACUCGAAGCCGCCAACGCCAAAGCCGCCCUUGACCGCCGCGUCAAAGCCGUGGCAGACGUCUUUCGAGAAAACCUUGCCUACGAAUACGAACUUGAAAAAGAAAUGGCAAAAGCCACCGACGAAUUUGCGCAGAAAAGACGGGCUGAGGACUAUCGGGCGACCAACGGCAAUGACGUAAGGAUAGGAAUGCGGCAGGAGUAG